AUGCGCAGCGUCCGCGCCUGGUGCCUCGACGCCGCCUCGAAGGGAGUAGUGAUCGUAGUCAUCGCGCGCGCGCUGCAGCCACGCAUUAACCUGGUAGCACAGCUCAUGCUGUGCCUCGAGAGGACGCUCCGCCUGCGGUCGCGCCACGACGCGCUCAUGGUGCUCGCGCGCGCCGACAACGCCCUCCGCGCCAAGGUUUCAGAGAUGGUCCGGUCGAUCAAAGAUCACUUCGCGAAAUUACCGCAAAGCGCGAAGUGGGCGGCCGGCGGCGCCUGCGUCGGCUACCUCGGCGCCUACGUCGCGCUCGCGCGACGGCCGAAGCUGACGUCGCGGAAAGGCGUCACGGAGGACAUUUUGGCCAACUGUGACAUUGUACGAAGAAGGUACUGGCCGCACCCGGUAACCGCGUUAAAUGGAGCGAGCGCCACGUUACAGCUCGGUUCGAGGAUGCCCUACGCCGGCUGCGGCGUGCUGACGGCGCCCUACGUGGAACGCUUGCAGUUGGAUGAUGGAGGCACCGUGGCGUUGUCCUGGUGGCGCUGCCCGCACCAGACGUCGCGGUCCGACGUCGCGGUGGUCUUCCCUGGCGUGAACCUGUGUGGAAAUCAGGCGGCCGUGCCGGCUCCGUCGAGCGGUGAGAAAUCGGCAUCGCCACGCCAUCGAGCAGGCAUCGCGUCGAUGGCGUGAAGGACGACGCGACGAUUCAGCACGCCGUAAAAUUUUGAGUUCCACACAGGCCUGAACAACUCGAGCGAGACGGGCUUCGUGCGGUCCUUACUGGCCCAGUUGGAUGGUGCGGGCUUCCUCGCCGUGGCCUACGAUUAUCGGGGUGCGGGCGCGUCCGGGGUGCUCACAUCGACCAAACCUUAUAGUGCUGAUGCGUGGCGCGACUUCGACGGAGUCUUGGAGCAUAUAAGGAAGGAGGUCGGCCCGAAAUGUCGUUUGUUUCUCGUGGGUCAAAGUUUAGGUGGUGCGAUCCUGGCCAAGUAUCUGAGUUCGAGAAAUCCACGCGUGACAGCUGCAUGCACGGUCUCGUCGCCGCGAUCCUUCGCCGCGAGCAGCGCCCAGAUGCGGAGCGGUCCCUUGGCACGUCUACAAAACUUCGCCAUAGCCAUCCCCCUGAAAGUAAGCUGGUUCUUGAGUGGACGGAAGAGCGGCCGCAAGCGCGACGUUCUUUUUGCGCGGUCGAUCUACGACAUCGAGGCGGCGGUCAUCUGUAAACCCUGGGGCCACGCGAACCCCGAGGCCUACUACGAGGCGAACGACGGGUUUGCGGAUCUAGGGCGGUUGAGUUGUCCGUUGCUUUGUGUGCAGUCAAGUGAUGAUAAUGUCGUGCCCUUUUGUGGCAAGUACGCCAUCUCCGACGCGACGCUGGUGAACCUGAGUCCCUUCAUUGCGUGCUGCACGACGUUGUUAGGGGGCCACCUGUCCUUCCUAGAUUGGCGGGGGCGGUCGUGGGCGGACCGCGCCGUCGUCGAGUUCUUCGCGGCGGCAGCUAAACGGCUGCCUUCCUCGCAAAUCGGUGAAGAGGAAACGCGUAAACGGACGAAGAUGCGCCGGUCGCCCUCGUGGCGCGAGGCCGCGCCGCGCGCGUCGCCUCCCGAAAAGCGGCCGCCCGCAAAACCGGCGGCCGCGACGCCGGUUUCCGAAAGGCGGCGGGCCCUGCCGUCCGUCAAGGGCGUGCUGGCGGGGAUGUAG